GCUUCUAGUUCGCUUCGGGGCAACAACAAGUUUUUGAGUCUUCUUUUAUCGAUACUUCGCGCAAAAUUUUUCAGUUCUUAUCGUCACCGUCCACGAGUAACUUCUUCCAUUUAUCCUGGAAAUUUCACGGCAUUUUAAUUACACUCGGUUCCGGAGUGCAUGUGCAGUGGGGUUGCAAGGACUCCCUGGAAAAAUUGAGGGCGCGGAAGCGGAGGAGCUGUGAAGGAGGAUGGCAGCUGCAAUGGCCCGGAAGUUGUUUGCCAGGCAUCCGUUUGUAGUGAACUGUCUCACAUACGGGUCGCUGUAUGUGGGGGCUGAGUUCUCCCAGCAAUUUAUAACGCGAAAAAUUUUGGCGAAGCCACAAGAGGACAUUGAUACCCCAACACUGGGCCGAUAUGCAAUCAUGGGCACUUUUAUCUAUUCACCGACGUUGUACACAUGGUACAAAUGGCUGGAUGGAACCUUCCCCGGCACCACUCGAAGGAUAAUUGUGAAAAAGCUCGUGCUGGAUCAAUUCCUCCUUACGCCCGUGCUGCUUGUCAUGUUUUACACAGGAAUGUCACUAAUGGAACGCGCCCCAGAUCCAUUCGAGGAACUUAAGCAGAAAUUCUCGCCGACAUUUCUUAGGUCGUGUAUUUUUUGGAUUCCAGCACAGUUUGUCAACUUCACCUUUGUUUCACCUCGAUUCCGUGUAAUCUACGUGGGAACUUGUGCAUUUGCCUGGGUCAACAUUUUGUGUUGGAUUAAGAGGCAACGAGUAGCGGUUGAACCAGUUGAGGAUAAUGAAAGGAAAAAGAGUGAAAUUAAGUAAGCAGGUGACCUGUAGUGAUUGGGAUUUUAGGUGAAUAGCUUGGACGCCUUGAACGGAAAUAAAGAACAUUCUUUUGAUA